AUGGGUAAGAUGGACAUGGGUAAGAUGGACAUGGGUAAGAUGGACAUGGGUAAGAUGGACAUGGGUAAGAUGGACAUGGGUAAGAUGGACAUGGGUAAGAUGGACAUGGGUAAGAUGGACAUGGGUAAGAUGGACAUGGGUAAGAUGGACAUGGGUAAGAUGGACAUGGGUAAGAUGGACAUGGGUAAGAUGGACAUGGGUAAGAUGGACAUGGGUAAGAUGGACAUGGGUAAGAUGGAUAAGAUGGACAUGGGUAAGAUGGGCAUGGGUAAGAUGGACAUGGGUAAGAUGGACAUGGGUAAGAUGGACAUGGGUAAGAUGGACAUGGGUAAGAUGGACAUGGGUAAGAUGGACAUGGGUAAGAUGGGCAUGGGUAAGAUGGACAUGGGUAAGAUGGACAUGGGUAAGAUGGACAUGGGUAAGAUGGACAUGGGUGGCGUCUGCCGGCAUGGGAUGGGAACCCACAGAGAUGCGGCAGGGAGGCGAGGAGGCAAGGAGGCAACGAAGCAACGAGGCAGGAAGCAAGGAGGCGAGGAGGCGAGGAGGCGAGGAGGCGAGGCACGCACCACACUUGCAGGAAACAGAAGUCCAUCGGGGAAUCUUCUUUGCGCUGCAAGCAAGGACGGCAGGAACACAUUCACAUGA